UGCCAAUUGUCCUCGACAUGCACGCGAUCACCCGUCGCCUCUCGCCGCUCGCCGCUCGCCCGCUCCGCCGCUGGCGCAGCGACGCGUCCAACAUCUUGCUCCUGCGCGAGUGGAUUCAGCCGACGGCAUCGGUGACCAAGCUGCAAGACCUCUCGUUCGAGACGCUUGCGAUCACGUCGUCGCUCAACGGCGCGGCGACCAGCGGCAACGCCGGUGUCCAGGACGGCGUCUUGAACGUCCGGCUGCAUCGCCCAAAGAAGCUCAACGCGUUCGACAUGCAGAUGUGGAAUGAACUCGAUGUGCUCUUCCAGGCCAUCGAGCACACGCCCGAGGUGCGCGCGGUGGUCAUUCGCGGCGAGGGCCGCGGCUUCUCGUCGGGCAUGGACCUCGGCGUGUUUGCGGCCAUGCAAGAGCUCAUCACGUCCUUUGAGUGCGAAGGUCGGAAGCGUGAGGCGCUUCUCGGUGUCAUUGCGCGCUUCCAGCGCAUCAUCUCAGCUCCUGAACGCUGCCGUGUGCCGGUCAUUGCCGCCGUCCACGGUAGCUGCAUCGGCGGUGCCGUCGACUUUGUCACGGCCUGCGACAUCCGCCUCUGCGAUACGAGCGCUGAGUUUAGCGUCAAGGAAAUCGACCUCGCGAUCGUGGCCGAUGUCGGCACGCUCCAGCGCCUACCGAACCUUGUCGGCGAGCAACGGGCCAAGGAGCUCGCGUACACGGGCCGUAGCUUCUUUGGCGACGAGGCCGAGUCCAUGGGCCUCGUCCUCAAGAGCCAUGCGGAUGUGAACGAUCUCUUCGAGCACGCGACCGCGCUUGCCUCGACGAUUGCGGCCAAGAGUCCGCUUACGAUCCGCGGUGUGAAGAAGGUCGUCCAGUACCAGCGCGACCACUCGACCCAAGACGCGCUCGACCAAGUCCAGCUUUGGAACUCGGCGAUGCUGUACAGCGCCGACUUGGCCGAAGCCAUGACGGCCAUGGCGACGCGCAAGCCGCCUGUCUUUAAAGACUAGGUCGUCGUCGCAUUUUCGGAAACAUCGUAAAUAAGACAACUUGUCAUUGUGUGCGCGACCACA